AUGGUUAAAACAACUAAUAAAUUUGGAUCAGAUAUAGUUAAACCAAAACUUAUAUUGGAUUAUAAUAAAGGUAAAUCCCUGGUGGAUGUGUGUGAUCUUCGAAACUCAUAUCAUAAUCCAUUAAGGAGAACAUUAAAAUGGUAUAAGAAAAUUGCAUUUGAAUUACUUUUAAAUACUUCAGUUUUGAAUGCUUUAUCAUUGUAUGAAGAAAUAACUCAAAAAAAAAUAAGUAUUACUUCAUUUAGAGAAAUAUUGAUUGAAAAUUUAUUAGAAAAAAAAGAAGAGAUUCCAACUGAAAAUUCACACAAAUUAUUAGAAACUAAGUCUAGAGGGCGAUGUUCUAAUUGUUAUAAGCAUAUGGUGGCACAAGGUGGACGUAAACAUGCUCAAAGUAUUACUAGACAAAUUAGAACUAAAUGUUCUAGUUGUAAGCGGUUUUAUUGUAUUCAAUGUUUUUCUGAAGAACACAAAAUAGGUAAAACCAAAUGA